UCAGACAAUUUCGAUUAUGCAGAAACGAUUGGCUUCCGGAGAUGGCUCAAGUGGUUAGAGCGCGAAUUUACUGACCGGAAGGUUCGUGGUUCGAACCCGACCUCCGCCACUCGACUUCCCCUGUCUAGGCUUGGGCAACCUGACAGUAUCCCAGCCCUCGUGCUUCCUUCGGGUGGCAUGGCAGCUAGGCACCGAAAGGGCGCUACAGUUGAACGAUGUGCUCUUAGUAUCUCAGAUCCACACCAGGGAAGAGCCGUGGACUUGAGUCCAUGUGGUGACGAGAUAGCUCGGUGGUUAAACCGCCCUCUCACGGACCGAAAGGUCUGUGUUUCGAACACAACCUCAGCAUCUCGACUGUCUAGGUUUGGGCAACCUGAAAUUACCGCAGCCCUCGUGCAUCCUGGCGUAGCAGCUAGCCACCGAAACGGUUGGACAGCUAAACGAAAGAUAUGGUGA